AUGGCAUUUUUCAGAAAACUGCAGCGGAGCCUGCCCUCCGUGUCCUCCCUGGUGGACACAAUCAGUAACGCUGUGGACGACCUGACCACAGCUGUCGGGGAGGUCAGCUAUGCUUUGAGCGACGCAGUGACUGAACAGGUGACAAGCAUGAUGAAUGGCUUUCACCCAGAGGAGGAAAGCGCUUCAGCAGCAGAAGCGGUGGAUACUUCUGAACAAGAAGACGCCAUGUCACCAGAAGUCUCCAGAAACACCGAUUGUCAGGAAAUGCCAUCCAGGGUAGAGCCCACAGCAAAUCCAAGGAAUUGUUACACGACUUCAGUUUCACAAAGGCAAGAUCAAGGAACAAAUGAAGAAAGACCGUUUACACAUAUUAAUGAUAGGCAGCAGAUGCUAUCAAAAUGUCAAGAAACCAAGAAUGCUGGGAAUUCUGUGGAAGGCCAUGUGAGUGAUGGUGGGAUAUCAGUUGUCGAGCAGAAUGCAAGGACUGGAUCUCUUUGCCAAGAGCUUAGACCUACAGACAGGUAUAGAAACAUUGGGUUAGGAAUUUCUAGUAAUGGUAAGAAUGAUUUAAAGGAGGUAAGGUAUGAAGAAAAGAGAGAAAAACAUUUAGAGAAAGCUGAAAACCAUAUUAAAAGUAAAGGGUCGAAAGGAAAUGAGUGUUCAGGAAAUGAGAACUCUCCAAAAGAUAUUUUGGCGAGCGAUAGACAUGCGAUACGGAAAUCCAUUAUGAAAGAAGACAGACAUCUAGCACCAUCAACUAGCUCUAAAGGUAAAUUACAUGGAAAAAUCAAAGAACAUAUACAAGCAACAAAAUGCUACAAAGGGAAAGGAGACGUAAAAGCAAAGAAAAGUGAAGCCGUUUCUGCCAAGAAAGGAAAAGCAAAGAGUAAAGAUGAAAAAUAUUCUAAGAUAAUACCAGGAAAAGAUAAUUCCUACAUGGACAGAGAUGAGCACGGUUCAUCCUCUGAAAGUGAAGAUGAAGCACUCGGUAAAUACCACGAGGCCUUAUCCCGAACACACAAUUCCAGGCUCCCAUUGGCUGAUUCUAGACAGAAGAACUAUACUUGGGAAACAAGACAAAAAUACAGCCCUCUAUCUGCAGAGUAUGAUGGAUACAGCAGCGAAGCAUCAAUAGAUGAAGGAAACUGCAUUCAGAGAAUGAGAAGAACACCCCCACUGGAUGAACUGCAGCCCCCGCCAUAUCAGGAUGACAGCGGGUCUCCCCACCUCUCAUGUACACCCUCAGAAAUCGGGGACAGUAAAUGUGAAUUUUCCCACUGCAGCAACAGCCCAAGACGCUCCUAUAACAAGUGCCCAAGUGAAGGAAGCACCGGUCACGAAAUAGAAAGCUUUCACAAUAAAGGAUAUGAAGAAGACGUUCCAAGUGACAGCACUGCAGUCCUGAGCCCUGAAGACAUGUCAGCUCAAGGAUCAUCUUCACAGCUUCCCAAACCCUUUGAUCCUGAGCCAGAAGCUAAGUAUGGCACACUGGAUGUGACUUUUGACUAUGACUCACAAGAACAGAAGCUCCUGGUAACCGUGACAGCUGUCACAGAUAUCCCAACAUAUAACAGGACAGGUGGCAACUCAUGGCAAGUACACCUUGUUCUUCUACCUAUAAAGAAACAGAGAGCAAAAACCAGCAUCCAGAGAGGACCAUGCCCUGUCUUCACAGAAACAUUCAAAUUUAACCAUGUUGAAUCUGAGAUGAUUGGAAAUUAUGCAGUUCGAUUUAGACUGUAUGGUGUACAUCGCAUGAAAAAAGAAAAGAUGGUGGGGGAAAAGAUUUUUUAUUUAACAAAAUUGAAUCUUCAAGGGAAAAUGUCAUUACCUGUGAUAUUGGAACCUUCUUACAAUCAUUCUGGCUGUGACUCCCAAAUGAGCAUGUCAGAAGUGUCCUGUAGUAGAAGUACAUCCUCCUGUCAGUCUCUGGAGCAUGGCUCAGUUCCAGAAAUUCUCAUUGGCCUGCUUUAUAACGCCACCACUGGCAGACUAUCAGCAGAAGUCAUCAAAGGCAGCCACUUCAAAAACUUGGCAGCAAACAGACCACCCAAUACGUAUGUUAAAUUAACUCUACUGAAUUCCAUGGGUCAAGAAAUGUCUAAAUGCAAGACAUCCAUCCGCAGAGGGCAGCCAAAUCCAGUGUACAAGGAAACUUUUGUUUUUCAAGUGGCCCUGUUUCAGCUCUCUGACGUGACCCUUAUCCUGUCUGUGUAUAACAAGCGCAGCAUGAAAAGAAAAGAGAUGAUAGGCUGGAUUUCUCUAGGUCUGAACAGCUCUGGAGAGGAGGAACUCAAUCACUGGACCGAAAUGAAAGAGUCGAAAGGACAGCAAGUGUGCAGAUGGCACGCGUUACUAGAGUCAUGAUGAGGAGAACAAGCAUUUGCAGCUGCAGGCACCAUUGCUGUCAGUGACAACGCCGCUGUUUUGACCUGGUCAUCGUUAGAAGACUUAUUCUUUGAAGAAUCACCUUCAACAUUCUACCAAAAUGUUUUAAAUUCUGUGGAAAGACCAUCUAAUACUGACAUGAAUGAAGGCAGGUUGUAUCUCUGGUAGAGUUUGGGACGAUGAAAAACCCUAUCAUCAUUGUUAAGCUAUCGAUCCUUCAGAGCUUUAAGAACAUGCUUUUGGGUUGAAGUUCAUUUUACUUUAGCAAAAGAGCCAGUCAUUUCCUGAAAAAUCAAAAUCGUCGAUGAUUUUUUAGAAUUUUUAGUUGCAACACGAUUUUAGUAUCACCCUACAUAUUAUCCGUAAAGCAUAUUUUGACUGGCUUGUCCCUGGUGUUUGAAAUGUACUUUGAUAAAAGAAAGUAGUUCUCCAACUCUAUUGUAAGUCAUAUCUGGUGUUGAAGGGUUUCAGUCACAUUGGAAAUUGUUUUCUUUCAGAUAUUUUCCCUUUAUGCACUUAGCUUCAUUGUACCUCGGUUCUCGGUAGCACUAAAUCUGAGUGCAAGCAAGAUUUCAUUGUCAUAAAGGCAUUUGUAAUGUUAUUUUAAAAACUCAUUUCUUCAUUUACCUCUGCUUUUUGCCCCAUCCAAAGAGACCCAGUCACUGUACCGGUCCCUUGCAAGUCCUUAGACAGGUUGUACUGUAGAACUCUGUAACUUUCUGUUGAAAGCACUUCCUGUAUUCUCGUAUUCCAGUGUAGGAAGCUAAUAAUAGAACAGGACCUUACUUUAAAAUUCCUUUCAACGACUGACUCUUUAAAAUUGUAGUAAUGUGCAUAUACAUUUUUUUACAAACUAAAAAAACACAGUAUGAGCUGCUGAAAAUGAAAAACAACUUAAGUUAAAGAACAUUUUAAUGAUCCGCUCUGAGUGUGUAGUCGCAAGCACUGCAUAAAGCAGGGAGCAUUCGCAUAAGAAACUGUUCUCUCUCUAAAUCUUCUGCUCUCUCACUUCAAUCUGUAUUUCUGACAUAAAGACUCUCCACUUCUCGGUUUGAACCAGAACAUCGUGUUCAAAAAGGUUCUGGGAUUCCUUAUGAAGUUUCUAGUGACUUGUGACUAGAUUUUAUGAAACUUACAGAUACGUUCUUCAACGUGAUGUCAUCCUGUGCCUUUUGUGUAAGUUAACUUUGCUCAGACAGCUCGAAAGUUGUGUUUGCAAAGUUAGGCCUUCGAUUUUUAUAAACGAAAGAUUCCUCAGAACAGUGUCACAAGCUCUGUUUCCUCUGAAGUGUGUGAAAGCUGUACAAUGUGCUGUUUUUCUUAACUCGCAAGGCCUUUUCGUUUGUUUUUAUAUUUAGGAACACUGAUUAAUCAGGAAUACUAUAAGCUGUUUUCUUUUUAAUUUUGCUUCUUAACCAAUAUAUAAUUUUGAGCAUACACUUUAUUAAAUAGGUUGUUUUGUAUAUAUGAACAAUAUUUUUCUCUUUCUAAUUUUUAGUUAAACUAGACGAAAGCAAACUAUUUGCCAAUUACUAAAAAGCAAGUAUAUCAUUGCUCCUAGUCCCAAAUAAGUACUAUAUGUAUUAUUUUAAGCGAGGGCUUGUUUUCAUCACAGUAACAAAACCAUGCGUACAUAUUGUUUCAACGUGGCUAAACUGAAAGGCCUUAAAUAAAAAUUAAAAAAAAAAACAAUAAACACCUGAUAUAUUUUUAAAAAUGGCAGCUCUAUGCAUUUAUGCACAUGAAUUAUAAAAUACAAAUGCUAUAUGACAUGAGUUUUAAGACUGUCUAUUAGAGAGUUGCAUUAAAGGGAAAAAUUCGUUCUUUUAUUAUUACACCAUUCAGCUUUUCCCAGGUGUUUUGGGGUUUUUUGUGUGUGUGUGUAAUUGAGUUAGGUUAUAAAGUUAGAACAUGAAUCAAAUGGCGUGAUAUCUCAUGUAGCAGUAAUGGAAAGGGUUUUAAGCAGGGAGGGGAUGUAGGUUUUACUGAGAAAUUAGAUUUAGGCAUUUGAUGCCAGAGGUAUCCGCCCCGGCUCUGAGACAACUGCCUGCAUUGCUAACACCUGGGAUCUUCCUAAUAAAAAGAGAUUCAGUCUUAUGUGUAGCUGUAACAGAGCCUAAUCACACACGUUAUAAAACCAGCUCGGUGCUUUUUCCUUCAGUGAGGAAAGACCUCACUGGCUGUUACUUGUUCAGUCUGUCCUUCAGCCUGUGCCCGGAAUUGUGUGUGUGCUCUGAUGUGUCCUUAGGGAUUUGCCUGGUAUAAGUAUCACAUCCAAUGUGGCCUAAAAAGUAAUGAACAAUCCUAAAAACUUUCAACAAGGACCCUGUCUCCAUCCCAGCUACCAAGUCCUCAAAGAUUAUGGAUUAUGUGUAUGUGUAUCUGUAUACACACCUGCACACAUACACACUAUGUAUGUGUGUGUAUGCACACACACACACACACACACACACACACGUAUGUAAAGGUGAAGGUGCCCUGGCUUCUUCAGAAAAGGAACUAGAAAAAACAUUUAUCAAGUUGAUGGAUUCUUUUUCUCCUCUAUUUAGGAGAAAUUAUAUUUGGUUCUGGGUGCUAUUAGCUGCCAUUCUCCUCCACACACAGCAAAAUAUGUAUUUUUCUUCCUGAGGACUGACACAAGUUAAUUACUUACAAAAGUUUGUCUAUUCUUUUAAAAAAGGAUUACAUACGGCUCAAGAGACCCCCUCCCUCUACUGAAUCUGCUGUACCAGGCAGUCCGACUGCUCUUUUGUGUGCUUGAAUUUGCAUGAAGGCUUAAAGGCAAAAAUCUUAUAUCUCAGCAAUUAUAGCAAAUAGGGACCCACUGGUGGGCAGCAGGUGUUGUCUCAGAAACGCGAGAAAGGCAACGCACUUUCUUAUUGUUCUCUUAAAAUCCCCCAAGUUUUAUAAUAACAUGAGAUAGUCCAAAUAUGGCAAUUGACUGACACUCAUAUAAUUUCCUGAGCCUGGAAUUAUAGACUUUUUGUCUCCCAAAUGAGCUGCAAAACAGUUAUUUAUUACUGCCCGGGAAACAAAGUGUAUUUCAAAACAGUAAAGAAUGUUAGUAUUUUAUCCCUGGACCUUUCAGAAACUUCCUUCUGGAGUCUUGUGUCUUCUGUACUAUCCACAUUUUGUGUGAAAUCCAUUUGUAUGUUUUCUUACUCUGCAUCCAGUGAAUUCUCAAUAAUAUGAUAUUUUAGUGACAAAAAUAAUAAUUUGGACCACAGUUUUGAAAAAGAAAACCCAAUGAGAAAAUAUCUAAACUGCCCUGAUUAAUGUACGUAUGUCAAAGUGUAGGGCCUGGUAAGGCAGUGUCAUCCAGCCCACGGCUAUUAUGCUAAAUUAUUUUCUUGCUACCAUCAUCAUUUUCAUUUCGCUUUCCAAUCUAAUAAAAAGCAUAAUCAGUGAUUGCAAAGUAAGAUAGCACCAGUAGGGGCAGAGGUCAUGGGAUUGUGGGUGUUCUUCAAGAUGAAGUUGGAGACCAAAUGAUAUCAUAGUUUUUCAAGUGAACUGAGAGGCUAUUUGGAGGUAUAAAUUUUAGGUGAAUUAAGAAUACUAGUCACCAACUAAUUUUGUUGAAGAUCUUUAUCCAGAUGGGGAGAAAUGACACAAAUCCACGCGCAUAAAAUUGCCACUUUCCUACAUAGACUAGAUAGUCAAUGUGUAGAGAUUUUUCUCUUUGAUACGUAGUUAUAUUAUUUCACAUUAAUAGUUACUCUUCAGACUUUUUAUUUUUUUCCCCCACUCACUGUCCCCAGUUCAUCCAUAGCCAACACUGGAGGGAGCAUCAGUAUCACCCAUCACCGACCAAAAUCAAUAUUGAGCACAAAGUUGAACAUGCUAUGAAGCAUUUUUAAAAAAUUAUCUUUAAAACAUCAUCUAUGUUCACCAAAAUGCAUAAUAAUCAUAAUGGUAACAGUUAUAAUUUACUGAGAUCUAGCACAAUAAGUUAUUAUUUUGUUUGAUUCUCACAACAGCAUGAGGUAAAUAAUAUUAUUAACAUUUUAUAGAUGAAGAAACUGCAGCCUAGAGGUUAAACAGACUUUCCCAAAGUCACCCAAUAAGCAGAACUGGAGUUAGAACCCCGGUAUAAAUUGCGCUAAACCUAUACUAUGCAUCUCACAGCUGCAUCCCCCUUUACUGGCUACAAGAAAAACAGGACAACAUUAUGUUCAUCAAUAACCCUACCCACCUCGGUUGAAUGGCAGAACUAAAGAGAGGAGGAGGAGGAGGAACAACAACAGAGCUUGGGAAAGAGAAAUGCAAAACAAAGAAAAGAAAAUUAGAUUGUUUCUCUUCUCAGGACACAAAUGUGUGUCAUAUUUGUAGUUGAUUUUCAAAGACUUGGGGAUUUAAUUUACGUUGCCAGUUUAGCCUAUGUUUAUAUUCUGAAACUGUAUUAGUCAAUGUAUUCUACUCAUUGCAUUCUUUUGGAAAUCCAAGACAGUUGAAUUAUGUCUGAGCACCUUUCUGCCCUAUGAAGUGGACAGGGAUAGCCUGUAUUCAUCGGUCCGUGUCAAUGGUGAGAGGAGAGACCCUUGUGCUCUCAUUGCAACUUACAGUACUUGCGUUCUCCUCUACCCUUCAUUAUGGUUUAACCGGAUCACAACUAACUUUAUUGCACACGUUUCUCUUUUCCCCUUGAUAGUAGUUAGUGCCUUGUUAUCUUUAUGUGGCCCUUACUCAGAUAGGCACAUGGUAAAUAUUGAGUUGAACUAAAUUCCCUAUAGAACAGUGGUUCUCAACCUUGGCUGCACAUUAGA